AGGAGUGGUGGGAUUGCUCCUGACGUGGAACUGUACCCAGGCCGCUGUGAACCAAGAGGCGGCGCUGUGGGUCUGCUCUCCAGCGGCUGAAGCGAGCAAAGUGUUACAUCGGGUGAAAUUGACGAGCUCACUCUUAACACCCAUCGCUUUUCAGCGCGGUGCCAGUGCAGUAAAUUUCAUGCUGCCACGGCUGCACCAGUUACAGCUCUUUCGUUAAUCAAGAUAACACUGAAAGGAUUUAUAGACAGCUCGGCGUUCACACUGAUGAAUCUUCCACAGUCAGGACGCGAGAGGGAGAAGUAUUACGAAUGUUAUCCAUAAAACGGAUAAUUGGCAGCAAUCCUGUGGAAACAAUUAUGGCAAGACUCCUUGUACAUUCCGUUAUGUUAACAGUGGCAGUUACCUCAAGAAUUAUGCCAAGUCUUGCAUCAACUGAGAAUUAUGAUGAAAUUAUAACUCAGCCUCCAUCUGUGGAAACUGCUCAAAAUCUGAUAAGACAGAAGAUAAUGGAUGCACAGUUCAAGUGCUAUGAAAAAAUGGUCAGGGAUUCUUCAUAUAAUAAACCAGACCUAUACUGUAAUAGAACCUGGGAUGGAUGGUUGUGUUGGGAUGAUACACCAGCAGGAACAUUAAGCAUGCAGAAUUGCCCAAGCCACUUCAAUGACUUUGACGAAACUGAAAAAGCUACAAAGUACUGUGAUGAAGCAGGCAACUGGUUUAAACAUCCAGAAACCAAUCGAACUUGGUCGAACUAUACAUUUUGUAAUAAAUUCACAGAUUAUAAACUAACGAUGGCUCGUAUCCUUUACUACAUGGCUGUUGUUGGUCACACUCUGUCAAUUAUUUCAUUAUUGAUUUCCCUGGCCAUCUUCUUCUAUUUCAAGAGUCUCAGCUGCCAAAGGAUAACACUCCAUAAAAAUUUGUUCAUCUCCUACAUGUUUAAUUCAAUCUUUACUCUGAUCCAACUAAUGGCAGUAGCGAAUGACAAGGAUGUGGUCUCCCGAAACCCUGUUGGAUGUAAAGUGCUCCACUUCUUCCUCCAGUACAUGUUGGGUUGCAAUUACUUUUGGAUGCUUUGUGAAGGGAUCUACCUGCACACACUCAUCGUGGUGGCAGUAUUUGCUGAAGAACAACAUCUGCACUGGUAUUAUCUCCUGGGAUGGGGAUUUCCAUUAAUACCAGCUGCCAUUCAUGCAGUAGCCAGAACAAAAUACUUUAAUGACAAUUGCUGGAUAAGUGUCGAAACACACCUGCUUUAUAUAGUGCAUGCCCCGAUUGUUGCAGCUUUGUUGGUGAACUUAUUCUUCUUGCUCAACAUAGUUCGUGUCUUGGUGACAAAGUUGAGAGACACUCACCGCACUGAAUCCAAUAUGUACAUGAAGGCCGUCAGAGCAACUUUAAUACUUGUACCUCUGUUGGGAAUUCAAUUUGUUAUUAUUCCUUGGAGACCAGAAAACCGACUUGCUGGAGAAAUUUACGACUAUAUUAUGCAUAUAUUUGUCCAUUACCAGGGUUUGCUGGUGGCCACCAUAUUUUGCUUCUUUAAUGGAGAGAUGCAAGCAGCUCUGAAGAGGCAAUGGAUGCAGUAUAAAAUGCAGCUGGGGCAGCAACGACGGGAGCACUGUUCCAUGCGUUCAACCUCAUAUACAGCGACAUCCAUCUCUGAAGUUCCUGGCUACCCCUAUCAUCAAGACAGCACCAGUGAACAAUUAAAUGGCAAGUUUGCAGAGGAUUCUGAAAUUACUGCCCUGAAAUCAAAAGAGACAUAUGCUUGACCUGACCAAGAGUAAUCGACAAGAUUUUUUCAAAAAUCCCAUUUUACCCAUUAAAACAUAGAGUCCAGUAUCAACUGUCAGUCUCUAAAAUAAGCAACCCAACCCAACAGGGAAAAAAAGUAAACACUUUGCUGGCAGUGGCAGUCAAGAAAGGGGCCAGUCGAGGCAGAUGUUUCAAUAUUUCAUACAGUAGUGCUUUCAGAACUCUGACUGGAAAAUGGAGCUGUCAGUUGACAUGCGUGACAUUUCCAUGGCUGUAAGUGCUGUUUUAUAAACAAGGCCCACUACAAAAGUCUGGCUAAGAAUAAUUCAAAGAAUCGGCACCAGGAUCGUGGAGUGCAGACAAAUGGCAAGGUAGUGCACAACUUCUCCCACUGAUAAGCCGUGCACAACACUGAUCACGGGCGGCUAAUUUACAACUCAAGGGUUUUAUUAGCCGGCUUUCCUCUACUCCUCAUAAAAAUUAAGAAACCUUGGAAAUUUAGCCCUUGGCCCCAAAGCCAUUCCUUUCGUCAAUGAUAAUUUAAAAUUGAUAGAAGUUGUUCUUAAUUUGCAUGUUUGCAGCUCUGAUUAGGUACAUCUCCUUCAUAUUGGGGCUUCUAAUUGUGAAAAACAACUACACAGACACAGACACAGACACAGACACAGACAC